GGCGAAUGCUUUAUCCAUCAGUUCCGACGGGUUGUCGCGCCAAUCCGUGUGGUCGAAUCAGAGAAAACAACGUUGAAAUAACCCUAAGCAGACUCGCGCGGGCUCGUGUUUGCCAUGUCGUCUUUUGAAACACCAGCGCAUCCAACCACUUAUUCGAAUUUUCUUGUACGUACACCGAUCACAUGCCGGUGUGUUUACAUGGUUUUUGCGGCACGCAAAUCGGUGCCUUCGAGGAUCAAGGAUGCGUCGAAACGAGAGUGGUUUUCGCAACGUAUCUUACUUAUUAAUUACGCGUUUCCGUUUAAUAUACGACCAGCAUAUUAUCCGUAAUAAGGAAAAGAAGCCAAUGAAAUUUUGGUUACACAGGUGUUCGGUAUUUGCAUUACUUCAUGAAUACAUUAUGAAUUCUUAUGAUAAUUCACACUUUGAACUGGUAUACACUGUAGAAUAGUUCAAUGGCAUUUGCGCGUCGUGUAAAAUUAUUAAAGAAAUUAAUGCGUGUGUGUUCCCAACUCUCUGACGUCGCAUAAUUUUUUUGUGCUACAAGUUCAGUUGGGCACGGCAUGCGGAGAGUGUUACUCUUUAAACCGGCGUUGUUUGUACAUUCUUUAAGCAAAUUGCGGAAGACCAUUAUCAUAGAAGAAGCCUUCUUGUUCAAAAUCAGGACUGUGUUCAAGUAUGGAAACCCUUCUGAAGCCGGCAAAGCUGCUUGCUGAGUGGGAUUCUAACUUUGCGCAGAGCCUGGAAAAGUAUUUCCUUUUACUUAAGGCAACACAGAGUGUGAAUUUUGGAGAGGCUGCUCUAGUUAUACAAAACUCUGCUAAUGUAUAUGCACGUCGAGUUGAAUACCUACAGAAUGAGACAGAUGCACUUAAUCAAUCUCUCGUCAUACACAACAAUGGGACAAAUGGAGAAGAAACAACGGCAAAGAAAAAAAAGUAUCAAAAAUCCAGUAAUGUGAUCGAUUUCAAUGAUUUUGAAUCAUUAGAAUUAUCAAAUCAAAUUGGGAAAUCCAAUAACUUGAAAGAAGGUGCACAAAAGCCUUUGAAGAUGCUCACCCGCCGAUUCACCCAACUUGAAAGCAAUUUAGCUCAGUUAUCAUCGCCCAUUGAAAUACUUAGCACUCAAGGUGAAGUUAUAGGAAAUAAAUAUGACUUCCGGUGUAACCAACAAUUGACUAAAAACUGCAUGCUAGUUGAUGAACUCACGCCAGACGAUUUUGGUCAGCCGUCUCUCACAGCUAGUCCUAACUACCAGACCCCAGCCAAUGAUACUUCCAACAUACAGCUUGAUUCUGCAUACAGUUCGAUGUUGGAUAACAAUGAAAUAGUUGAAAGUACUGAAUGUAGAAAUUCAGAAGAAAUAGAACGUACUGUCACUGACUCUUGUGCUACCAAAAAUAUUGACGAAAGUUAUAACAUUCCUAAUGAUGCUGAUGCUGGCUACACCUCAGAUGAUACUCAAGAUGCUGUUGAGCCAGAAUUAACAAGUACCAAAACGCCAGAAUCCACACAGGCUAAGGAUAAUACAAAUCAACAAAUUCUAGAGCCAAUACCAUUUGAGAAUGGUAUUCCUGAUCCACUUCCUAAGCGUAGGACUCAAUUUAAACUGCCAUGCCACAUAUCUUUACUCAAGUCAAAAUCGCGAAAGCGGAAAAAUUUAUCAGAAAAUAAGAAACGUGAACAUCUGACAAAAUUCUUGCUGGAUAGGUAUGAGCUAGUACACAAGAAGCUGAAAGUUGAUUCUCCUACAAGACAACUAUUCGCACCUAUGAAGAAAGAGGAGUUUGAAGAGUUCCAAAAAUCGUUCGACCAAUACCUCAAAAACAUGCGGGGUUGUGAAACAGAUAAUUACGAGGCGGUGACCAGCAGCCUGACUAGGGAACUUUUGGGCUUUCAGCGAAAUUUUGGCAAGCGAGACCCAUUAACAGAAAGAUUUACUUACACAGCUGAUGAUUCCAUUACGAAUUCUUCGAUGAUCAUUGAGCCUGAGUCAGAUCUGUCCAGUGUACCAGAAUCGUUCACCACACCUCCACCUACUCCAGAGUCAGCUAAUCAUGGACACAAUUAUAGGGAACUUGUUGAGCAGCGAAUCAAACAGAUCGGUGAAGAGACCAGGGAGCACUCUGACCUGGAACAAAGAGUAGCUGAAUGGCACAGAUCGUUGAGACCAAAACUGAUUGCAGCAGAACGAAGGCCAGCAUUUCACAUGCACGAAUACAGUUCGCGAAUAAUCGAGGCUCUCGAGACUGCAAGCAACAAAAAAUUACCUUUCGGUAAUUUAAUUCAAAAUCAAUCUACGCCUGAAGUUGCUAGAUACUUUUUAGCUUCCUUACAACUGGCCAAUAGUUACGAUAUUGCAAUAAAUGCAACUGCGGAUUCUGGUUGUGGUAUAGAACUGAAACUAUUGGAGCAAGAAAGACAUCCUCAAACUUUUGACCCGAACGAAAAUAUUGAUAGGUUACCAAUAUCCGAGAUUACUAAUGAGUGUACUAUGCUAAGGAUAAGUACGUCAUAGAAUUAAGGAUUAAGUUGCCCAAAGUACACAGAGUAUGUCAUUUUACUUACUCAAAACGUCGAGGAUAGGUUUUGUAAAUACCAAGCUUGACCCUUUGCAUUCGACAUGGCAUGUUCUCUCAGAGAUUUCAAAGGCGAGUUUAAGCGGUCAACUUUUUUUAAACAUCUAUGUUGAAUAUUGAGGUAGUAUAUUUUAUCAUUAGACUGUAUAACUAUUUUUUCAAUAAAAUUAUUAUAAAUCUAAUUGAAACUAGUUUCGAAAAUUGAUUAAUUACUACACAGAUUUGAAACACAUUUAUUUCUGAGGUGAGAAUGUUUGCCUUCUAUUGACUUCCUAGACAAGUUUAAAAGUAUUUACCAUUGACACUGGCUUAUAAGUACUAGAUGCAAAAUACGAAUACUAUUUUUUAGUAAAAUUAUAUGUGUAAUAAUAGCAUAAUAUAUUAUUUAAAAACUUUAUCGCUUGUUAAAAAUUCAAAUAUGGGGCCUUUAAUUUUAUAUUUUUCAACUGUGCAUAAUAAGACGAAAAAUACUGUUUUAACACUAAACAAUUUAGUGAAUAAAUAAAAUGCAAGAAUUAUUUUUGUUACAUAGUAUCUAUUUAGUAAUUGAAUUUACAAAUUAUGUAAAUUGUUGAUAUACAGUUAUCCCCAAAAUACAAUCCCUCCUGUACUCAAAAGCAUUGUGUUAUUUCUAUCCACACAUAAUUCUAUGACAGCAUUAUAGUCAGGCUACUAAACAUUCUCUCCUUCCUCUCAAUGACUAAUUAUCCGAAAUCACAAAAUAAAUAUUUGAAAUUCUUCAAUUAAUUCGUAGUAUUUAGCGAAGACCUGUUAUUCGAACGCACAUGCUUUGAUUUCUUUGCGCUAAAAUUAACAGAAAGUGCGUUUAAAA